UCUCUAUCUCUCUCGAUCGCGACCUCGAUCUCGAUCGAUCGAUCAUGGCUGGUUUGGGGCUGUACCACACGGACUGCGAUUCGAUACUGUCGCAAAUCAAGCAUCAAGAGAAGCAGCUCGCGCUCAAGAGAAGGUGGUUGAUGGGGGUACCGUUGUCCAAGUCAGAGUUAAAGCAUUUGGAAGGGCCAAAGUUUUUAAAGGAAAAGGUCCUACGUGAAUCGAUGCUCAGGGAAGAUGAUAUAUUCUACGAGACUGCUAAGAUGCAUGUUGAAGAAGCUAUCUUAUCGCAUGAUAUGGAGCGAGGAUGCAGUGGUGGUGCAGAAAUUGUUAAAUCGUCUGACAUGCCUAAUUUGCUAAAGGAAAUUCUAUCUCAUCUAAAUGAUAUGACCAAUAAGGGCCUUUAUCAUUUUGCUAUGAUAGUUACUAGGGGGUCUGUUGAGUUUGACAAAACUCGCUGGAAGAUGAAGAAACUUGUUAGGCAAACUGUCCGUAAAGUAUGCCAUAUUGAAACGAACACUCAAUGGGAUAAUGUUACUUUUAAGAAGCUCUAUCAACUUCUAAAUGACCCACGAAAUUUCCGAGGAAACUGUCUGAAUCAUUUGGCUCCUACAUCUCAUUCUCAAAGGGCAGCGGCUUUGAAGCUCCUGGGUAGACUUGAGGAACUCUCUACGCCGGCUCUGAUUGCAAUGUAUAGGAAACUAAGAUGUGUACAGGGGAGAGUUCCUCGGUUGGAGCCCUUCAAAAGUGGACGCAGCCGAGAUGAUUUGAUAAAAAAAGUGAGGAAAACUAGUAGAAACAUGUUGCUGGAUCUUGGUUCAAGAGAUUGUAUACCAGAACCACUAGCUAAAGCAAUGGCUAUAGCAGCGUUAUCUUUAAAGCUAGCAUCAGGCUUUCAAAGAUCCGCAGGAAUGGAGUUUUACCAAUUUGCACCAGAAAUUAGAAGUUUGCAGGAUGAAAUUGUGAAGGCUGUUUGGCUACUGAACUCAAAAGUUAGAUUUCAGGAGCUGAAAGUUUUUCAGUCACUGCUGGACCCCAGUGCUAAAGUCUCAAAUAGUCGUCUAAGAACAGCAGUCAAGAACGUUUUGACUGAGUAUCUUUUCGAAUGCUCUGAUUUGGAUGUGAUCCCAAGGUCUUUAUUGGAGAGUCUGGCUUUUAUUAACAGGAAUUCUCGAACUGCACCACCUUCAUCCUUUCCUAAGGAGGAAGUUGAAGAAGAAGUAGAAUGCAUUUUGGUUGUCAGUGCCCAUAUGAAGCAGAAUGUCUGGGAUUUGCUUCCGGAAAUUGGGUAUGAUACAGAUUUCGCCAAUGCUUAUAUGGAAGAAUUGGAAGAAAGUGAUGAUGACGCUGACUCCGAUUACGAAGAUGAGAGACAUACAGGGAUAUUAAAGAGUGGAAGGUCUGACAACAUUGAUUCAUUGUUUCCAGUGGAAGGUACUGGAGAGUCUAUUACUGAUAGCUCCAACCUGCCUUUUAUUAAUAUUAAGGGCAAUGGUAGUUCUCCCAGUCACACCCCAAGGAAAGUGUUUUACAGUGCUGCUGCAAUUAAAUCUGAGCCAGAUAUCUCACCCGGUAUUGCCUCCACUGCUGCUUGGUAUAGCAGUUCUUCCUUGUUAUUCCAAGACUCAAAGAGUUCUGAAGGCUUGAAUGGCAUGGAUAUAGAUGGUUUAAAGCCAUUGAGCAACUUUAGUUCUGCUAAAAUCAAUGGCGAUGGUCCCUUCUCUUUUCUGUCACCCAACACAGGGUUUGCAAAAUCUCUCGAGAGACACAAGGCUGAAGAUGAUGAACUGAAGAAUCAACAAAUGGAUGUCUUGAACAGACCAAGCACUUGCAUAAAUCGAUACUUUGCUGUCCAGGAAGCUUGUGAUGAAACAAGUAUAAUUGCCCAUAAUUUGGUAGGUUAUAUAUUGGAAGAAUUUGCACAAAGAGAAGGUUUGAAUCUAGAAAUGAAUGAGAGUUCAUAUCUGGGGCGUGAUCAGUCCAAUGAAGAAGGUCAUGAAGAAAAGAAGGAUUCUAGUCAUCACGAGGGCUCAGAAGAUUUUGUCAUCCAUAGAGCACUCGAAAAUCUAGUUCCAUGCCUCAAGAAGAGUGUGAUGGAAAGAUUGAAGGAGUUCACAGGCAUUCCUUAGAGGUCUACUCUCAAUGGGAAGGGGAUCAUAUCCUUGUUCCUCAAGUAAUCUCUGGAAUCUUGCUUGAAUUAAGCUCCAUAGUUAAUGGCUGCAUAUGGUGGGAGUUGAAGACUUUGUCUCCAUGGGGAAUUAUCUGGGGAAAGAUGAGAAGACUCGCAAAAAGCUGACUUGUUUGGCCAGGGAAAGAAGACCUGCUAGGCCUCAUGCCUCAUGGAUGAAAUGGAUCCUAUGGUAAUCUCAAAGCAGUUGGGCAUCCUGAUGCCAUGAUUCGGAUGGAUAUUGGCUUAGCUUGGAAGGUAUAGGUCUCCUGGUUGUGGACAUUACUUCUCUGUCGGCACUCACAUGACCUAUUUGGCAUUGCGGCUCUUAAGGGGAAAUGAAUUGCGAGAAUCAUAGCCUGUUUGUGUGGGACAUAUUCACCUAAUAUCGAGCCAAUGUCGGCAUGGGCUGUGCAUGAUGUCCCCUCCCUCCAAUGAGUAAUGUGGGUGAAAGGAAGUAAUCUACUCCUGCUAUCCAAGAGCCGAGAGAAAAGGAGCUCUGUGUAUAGGUUCUUUGGCCUGAGAGAGGGAAUGUACGUUUGCGAAAACAAGAGCCCUCUAUUAUUUGCAAUCCAGAUCACACUCGCGAUCCAGUGUUUCCUGAAGUUCAGAUGAUGAUCGCUCUAUAGAGAUGUGUUAGGAUUCUUUGACCCCAACAGUCAUGUUAUCCCCAUUUUGGACAUGUUAGCCCAAUCUAUAUCUAUUAUUUAUAACCAACCUAGCACUAACAACUACCAAGCAAAGGUUUGCCCUUGCAAUAAGGAUUGUGAAACAAUGUAUUACAUAUAGUGUUAGAAUGAAUGCACUUUGAUUGAUCUCUA